AUGACCGCGCGUGUUCUUCAUUCUCGUUGGGCAGUGGUAUUAUUCAUCUGGCUGGCAUGUUUGGGGUGUAUAUGCACCUCUGCGUUUGAGGCGUCUAUCGACUUGGGCCCCGCUCAGCGACGCUGCAUCGGAGAGCAGCUGAGCAAACAUGUGUUGAUCGUAGGGGAGUUCCGCGUCUCGCAUCCUGCUCCUACCAUUCCUGGAGGCGGUGCAGCAGGGCCCCUGCUAAUGCACGUGCAUGUAACAGACCCUGCAAACAAGACACCUGUAUUUCAACAGAGCAGCCGAGAUCGCAUCAAGACCGGGUUUACCAGCACGAAACCAGGCGUGCAUAUGUUCUGCGUGAAGAAUUUGUCUCAGCAGCAAAUCACUGUGGAUGUGCAGCUGCUGUGGGGCCCUGCAGCACGUGACUACAGCCAGCUAGCUAAGGCUGAACACAUAGACGAGGUGAUGCUGCAGCUGCUGCAACUCCAAGACAAACUGAAGCUCUAUCAUAACAACAUCCUCUUCAUGAGAGAACGCGACGAGCAAAUGCGACAGCAGAACGAGCAAACCGCCACACAACUUAUUCUCUUCUGCGGAGUCAAUAUUUUCUUCCUUGUAGCUUCGAGUGUUAUCUCUGGUUUCUUCUUUAAACGCUUCUUCCGCUCUAAGAAGAUCAUUUGA